AUGGUUACAAGAGAGUCAGCACAAGAAGCUACAAAAGAUCCAAAUCCAACAAUUGAUGGACGACGUGCUAAUGUAAAUUUAGCGUAUAUCGGUGCAAAAAAUCGACUAAGUAGUCCAGCUUCAAAUUUGUUUGCAUAUACUUCAGCCGUGCGCGCGUUACCAUCGAAUUAUCAAACAACUUAUGGAACGUACCUAGGAAAUGUGCGGCACAGAACACCGUUCGUCUAUUAUCCUGUGUCAUCAUCAAAUCAACUUUAUUUAACACCAGCAGCAACACAAAAUAAUUGGCAAAAUUUGUUAUUAACAAAUAAUUUUACAAAUCUAAAUAAUCUUGCAACACAGUCAUUGCCAAAUGUUGCAUCUGGUCAAUACGGAUCGUCAACGUUACCAUUGAAUGGUACUAGUACAUUAUCAGCAUUAAAUUCUGUUGGACAAUCAACAACUCCACAAAAUUUAUAUGAUGUGACAACGUUAUUGCCUAGCACAGGUCAAACAACACUAUUUGAAACUGUACCAUCAACUUCAUCAGCAACAGCACAAAAUGGAGCCUCUAUUGCAUGUUUACCCACAACAUACUGGCCAACAUUUCCAUCACAUUUACAAAAUUAA